AUGUCGGGCCGCUCCCUUUCCGACCGCAGUGUUGCUACUGCUGCUGGGAGCAAGCUCUUUUCUGGAUACGUACGCCGGCUCUCUCUCUUCAGCAAGCCCGACAUGGACAUCCACAUCGACAACCACUUUCACCAGAAGGUCUACUCGACCGCCUCGCCCAUCGCCGGCCAUGUGAGCAUCACCUGCGCCGCCGACACCCCCUUUGACCGGGUCAACAUCCUCCUCCUCGGCAUCGCCCGCUCGCGCAUCGACGGCGUCAACAUCCCCCAGAUCACCGAGCACACGUUUCUCAAGCUCGAGAUGCCCAUCCCUGCCGCCAGCUACCCUGUCCCCAGAGUCCUCGAGGCUGGCGCCACCUACAAGAUCCCUUUCCACUUCAUUAUUCCCCAGGCCCUUACUACCAGCGCCUGCAACCACCGCGUCGUCAACGGCGCCGUUCACGAGCACCACACUCGGCUGCCUCCCUCGAUGGGCGCCUGGGACCGGGACGACCUUGCUCCCGCCAUGGCCCAGGUCGACUAUACCGUCCGCGCCAGACUGCUCCGCGACGACGCAGCUCACACAGCCAAGGUCUUUGAGAUCUCCCACCCAAUCAACGUACUGCCGCAGGCCGACGAAGAUGCCCCCCUCAGUGUCUCGCCUAAGGACGCAAUCUACGCCAUGAGCAAGACCAAGACGCUCCGGAAGAGCAUUCUCUCCGCCAAGACUGGCGUGGUCACGGUCUCUGCCACGCAGCCACCACCAGCUAUGGCCAGCGUUGAUGGCAGGUCAGUCAACGAGACGUCAGUCUCUGUCGACCUGCAAUUUGAACCCGCCAACGCGGAAACGCUGCCACCCAAAGUCGCCAUUACUGCGUCAAAGAUCACAGCCCAAACCUUCUGGAGCGCUAGCGGCGUGGCCUCAUUGCCAAAUCUCGGCGACGGUCUCCGGUACCAGUCCGAUGGGCGUGGUUCGUUUCCAGCCACAGUAAACCUUGCCUCUGCGGCCGCGCAGGAGCACGGCUGGACGCAGCACAAUCGCGAGCAGGCUCGUCGCGACUCUGGCUACGGCAGCGAGACUGCUUCGGAUUCUGAAGGCGCAAACACCAAGAGAUCGAGCAAAAAGGCUGCGGCAAAGAAGGCAUCGCCCGUGUAUCACAGCACCCGCGUGCAGGUCCCUGUCACCCUACCUGCGCACAAAAAGAUGUUCAUCCCGACUUUCCACUCGUGCAUCGUCUCUCGCGUAUACGUCCUCAACCUCAGCGUCACCCUGACCUCUGGCAACGGGUCCACAGUCCACACUACUCUUUCGGUUCCUCUCCAGAUUGGCGUGGUAGCACCAACUCACAGCCGUGCGACUGUCGAUGCCACAGGUCUGCCAACCUUCGAAGCUGCCAUCAAUGAUGCCGAGGUCGACGACUUCCUGCGGCCACGAGUGUUAUCGGUGCCCACUGUCGAGUUUGUCCACGACGCCUUGCCAGGUUACGCCGAUAUCAGCGGCGCGCGACCCGUAGCGGCACACUGA